GGUCUUCUGCUGAGGCGGGCGGUGCAGCCGAGGCAGCCAAUCGGGAGGCGCUGCGUGCCCGCCCAGCCAAUGAGGAGCCCGCUUCCCGGCGCCCCGCCCCCGCCCCCUAGUGGGGGUCCCGGGAACACCCGGCGGGCUGCUCAGCCUCCCUCCGCCGGCGCCGCGCACACGGCCUCCCGCUCGCCAUGCCCUUCGUGGAGCUGGACACCAACCUGCCCGCGGCCCGCGUGCCCGCGGGGCUGGAGAAGCGGCUCUGCGCAGCCACCGCCGCCAUCCUGGGCAAACCCGAGGACCGCGUGAACGUGACGGUGCGGCCCGGCCUGGGCAUGGCGGUGGGCGGCUCGGCCGAUCCCUGCGCGCAGCUGACGGUCUCCUCCAUCGGCGUGGUGGGCACGGCCGAGCAGAACCGGGACCACAGCGCCCGUUUCUUCGAGUUCCUCACGAAGGAGCUGCCGCUGGGCCAGGACCGGAUCCUGAUCCGCUUUUUCCCCCUGGAGCCCUGGCAGAUCGGCAAGAAAGGGACGGUUAUGACCUUUUUGUGAUUGGCACAGAGCGCAUCCGGGGCAUCGGUGAGCUGGCCACCUCUUCCGGAGAGGCCUCCUGGCAGAGGGAGGGCCUGGUGGGAACCAGCUUCCGGCACCCCCACCUGCAGAUAUGCCUGUGACCUCACAAUCCUCUUCUUCCCCACCCUCAUGCCAAAUAAAUGAAGAGAGCGUCGUCUGUCAAA